AUGUCUAUUCAAGGACUAGCUGUGAUUUCUUCUUUGUUGUUUAUCUGCUUCUUCAGAGGGAGGUUCUGCAUUUGUGAUGGAACUAUCUGGACAAAGGUUGGAUGGGAGAUUUUUCCAGAAGAAGUGCACUACCCAAAAGUAACGCCUACUCAGUCCCACUGCCUACCCUACCCUCUGAACAAAUUAUGCUGCAGUUUUGCUAAUAUGGAUCUAUAUCAUGGUUCUUUGCAUCUGUUUUAUAUUCUUGUUCAAGCUCUCAUUUUAAUCCUAUUUGUUUUAUCUGUUCAUUACCUGUGGAUGAAAUGGAAGAAACACAAAAAGAAGCUGAAAACACAAGUCUCCUUAGAUACCUCUGGGAAUGAUCUAGAAAGCUUGUCCACCUAUGACAUUGACCAAAUACUCUGCAGACUGUUGGCCACGUCAAUGAUGACAAAGUACCUGAAGCAAGCUUCCCAUCGUCCUCCCGCUAAGAAAGUUAAGCAUCCCCAAUCAAAGAAGAAGAAGGAAGGGAAGGAGCCAAAAGCUACUAGACAUAUACAAAUGCAAAUAUAG